CUUCCCGAUCCACUGUCGCACCACCUCCAGCUGGGCUAAAGUAUCCGGACUCUCCCAGAACCUAGCGGACGGACUGCUGUCUUUUUUCCGGUGUGCGGAUAUGCCGGAGCUGGCUUGGCUUGUCCCGGGAAUGCCGAGGCCCUAAGAUCCUAUGGGUGUCCAGGGUCUGACCACCUAUGUGGAGGGAAACAGAAACUUCCUCCAAGAUGUGAAGUUCAGGGACAGUCGCCUGGUUAUUGAUGGCUGCAGUUUGUAUUUCCGGCUCUACUUUAACCACGGUUUGGACCAGCAGCGUGGAGGAGACUAUGAUGCUUUCGCUGGCCUGCUCACCCAGUUCCUGUCUGCAUUGGCGGCUUGCAACAUCCAGCCAUAUGUGGUACUGGAUGGAGGGAUUGACCCCAGUGACAAGAAGUUUCCCACCCUGCGCCAGCGUCUGCAGUCCAAGAUAAGAGAGGCAGAUAGCCUAUCCCACGGUCGCAAUGGCUCUGUUCUCCCCAUCCUCACAAGAGAUGUCUUCAUCCAGGUCCUCAUCCAGAGAGGAGUGCCACUGGUCCAGUGUCCAGCUGAGGCCGACUGGGAAAUUGCGUGUUUGGCUCACCAGUGGAACUGCCCAGUUCUGACCAAUGAUAGCGACUUUUAUAUCUUUGACCUGCCAGGUGGUUACCUGCCACACCAUUUUUUCCAGUGGACCAACGUUAAUGGCAAAGCCUCUCACCGCUACAUCUCAGCUCGAUGCUACACCACUAACAGCCUGUGUCGCUGGUUUGGUGGAAUGAACAAGGAGUUGCUACCGUUAUGUGCCGUCCUGGCUGGUAAUGAUUAUGGCACGCCAAAAGAUACUGAAACACUCCUGGGUCUGUUGGAUGGGAGUGUAAUAGGGAGAGGUGGUGGCAGGGGUAAAGGUAGAGCAUCCACUUCCCGCAUUGAGGGCUUCCUUCUCUGGCUGUCCUCUUUUUCAAAUCCAGCGGAAGCCCUUGAUGAAGUGAGCAGGCUAAUGGGGGAGGAAAGUGGAGACGUUAGGGGCAAGAGAGGACAGAAGGCUGGGCUCAGUUCACAGCUGUGGGCUGGUAUGCAGGAGUACCACAUCGCCCCUCAUAGCUCUCUGGCUUGUUGGUUCUCUGUAGGUAAGGUAGCUACGGGAGGACGGGCCUCUGGGCUGCCCGAGUGCCUGUCGCUAGCUGCAGCUCAGGGACUGUUGGCUCCCUUGGUGGUAGAUGCGCUUGUGAUGCACAGGGUCCUGCUCAUCCCACAGGUGGAGAACAGCAAGCUAUCCAGCAGCCAUUGUAGUGCCAGCACCAUACGUCAGGCUAUAUAUGGGAUAUUACUGCAGAGAGGCCCAGAUGUCCAAGCCCGGGAUAUGAUGGUACAAGAAAAAAUCAGCCAGGGUACAAGAGGUGGGAGAGGGCGAGGGGAAAGGGGGCGGGGAUGUGGUCAGAUUGGUAGAGGAAAGGGUCAGGGCACACAGCAGGGUCUAAAUGUAGGAUUCAGCAUUAAACAAGCAGCUGGUGCAGCUACAUUACAGGCUCAGGGCUCUACUGUAGAGGAGUACGACCGUGUGGAUCUGAACUUGAAGAAAAACCAUAUAGUGGCACAUCCACUCAGAACCCCCCUACGUCUAGACACGCUUGGCCAGGCUCCUGUGGCUGUUCGUCUUGGUGUCCUGUUGGAAGUCUUAGGGAUGAAGGAGUCUCUUCUGGUCCCUGUUCCUCUUCACUUGAGGCUGGCUGUAGCAGUGACAGCGUUCUGGCUGCGAGAGGCCAUACCAACACCCUCACAGCCCCAGCUCCAGGCUUUGGUGCUCGGCAUGAUUUAUGGAGAGUUGUCCUGGAACAACCAGCCUGGAGCUACACACUACCAGCAUGCCGUGCCACAGCUAAACUGGGCUGCAGAGCGCAACGUGUUGGCUGGGUUGGAUCGACAACGGGUGAGGCCAGGGGAGAGACGGGGUUUGGACGUCGGAGCAGCUCACAGUUUUAGCCAAUGGCAGGCCUGCCUCUGGAGUACACUGUGUCUCAAUCAGCUAUUACUGAUGCCACUGCCUGAACCCCACCUAUCAUGGUUGUACAGCGGUACCUUGGUGCAUGGCCUCCUCAGGUAUCUGAAGGAGGGUCGAGCUGCUGAAUCCCUCCUAUCCGGGGGUUCCAUGUCGGGGCAACUCUACUCCUCCCUGCUGGACGCUGUGAGGAUCUGCUGCUCCAAAACCCACCCAUCCUCUUCAGCAGCAGGGAGGAGGAAGAGAGGUGGAGGCCGGGGAAGGAGAGGAAGAGGGGGGCAUGGGAGAGGAGCAAGGGGAGGGGGGAGAGGAAGUGAGGAGAUAAACAACAGGUUUGCUCUCCUGAUGAGCGACGAAGAGUUUGAUGACGAUUGAUGAGGAGGCAGAGGAAAAUGAAUCGUUAUGAAGCACUUGCUAGGAGCCGUAGGAGGAACAUUCCUGUGUUUUAUCAAACACACUCAGGGAAUGCAGUAAAUAGUGAAGAACUACACCUAAUGUUUCAGCUUUUAGCAGAUUUUUGAAAGCUUUUAUGUCCUGUAACUGAUGCAUGUUUUCAAUCUGACACUUUUAUUCAGUUACAUCCACAAUAGAUUUAAACAGUAAAUGCAGAGAUUACUUAUUUAUCAUCUCUGUUGACCACAACGUUGUAUGGCAGCUAUUGUCAUUUUAAUAAGCAAAUCAUAAAAUCUUAUUUUUUUUGCAGAUGCCUUCACACUCAUGAAUUUAGUGCUCAUCAUUCUAUAAUAAAAAAUAUAAAUCAAACUCGACACUUUUACAAACUUCAUAUUCGGCUAGUUUUUACUCGUAACCACAUUUGGUCAAUAAUUCAACUCAUUCUAUAAAAACAGUUUUAAAUUACAGAGCGUUACCAAAGCACUCUUAAAUAUGUACACAACACAACCAAGAUGAA